AUGGACUUGAUCAAGAAAGAAGUGAUGGAGAUCGUUGCCCUCAAAGAUCAUACACAAGUCUCUGGUGGUUCCUCAACAUCUUCUUUCUCUAGGCCGAACAGUACAACCAUGGUGGGCAUUGAUGAUGUCAAGAUUCAACUCAUGGAGAAGCUCAUUUACGGACAAUCCGGUCGCCAAGUCAUCCUGAUCGUAGGAAUGGGAGGAAUUGGUAAGACUACUCUUGCCACAAAUGUUUAUGCACAUCCAUCUAUAUGUGACCAUUUUGAUAUAUGCACUUGGUUUACCAUUUCUCAACAAUUUAACUUAAAAGAACUUCUUGGUGAAAUUCUUUCUCAGGCUAAUAAACAAAGAUUGAAUGAAAUGAGAGAAGAUGAAAUAGGACUAUCACGCCACAAAUGUUUAUUAUAUAGAAGGUAUCUAAUUGUGUUGGGUGAUAUGUGGAGUAUUGAGGCAUGGGAGAAGAAACAACGCUAUUUACCUAACAACAGUAAUGGUAGUUGGAUAAUGGUGACAAUGAGGCUAUCGAAUUUGGGAUCUCGAUUGGAUAACAAUCAUAGCCUUGAAAUGGAAUUUAUGAAUGAAGAAAGUAGUUGGAAUAUGUUUAACAAAAUUGUGUUUGUGGGGAAAAGUUGUCCUUUAGAAUUGGAGAAAAUUGGAAAGAAGAUUGUCGAGAGUUGCAGAGGACUUCCAUUAUCAAUAGUUGUGAUGGGAGGCCUUCUUGAAAAAUUGGAACUAUCCACGGAAUGUUGGGAAUCUAUUAGGGGAAGCAUAAAUUCACUAGUGAAUUUAGAAAAUGAUAAGCAUUGCUUAAAAAUACUGAAGUUGAACUACAACCAUUUGCCAAUUUAUCUUAAGCCGUGCUUUGUAAAUAUGGGAAUGUUUGAGGAGGAUAGUAAAAUUCGAGUCUCAACACUCAUCAAGCUAUGGGUUUCUGAAGGAUUUGUAAAACCAGUAAAUGGAAAAAGUUUGGAAACAAAUAGUUAA